CAAAUUCUCUAUUACAAGCUGAGAUAGAGAGGGUGCCUUUUUUGUUUGUUUGAUCUCAAUAACAAAGCAGGUUAGAUAUAAGAGGGCAGAAGAGCUUUGUUGAUAAAAGUACUUUUUCUCUGCCAUAUUUCUAACUCUGACUAGUUAUUGAGAUUGAAGGUUUUCAGGCUUCUGUAAAUAAUAAUAAUAAUAAUAAGGAGAAAAAAAGUAAAUAAAAGAUAAAAAUGGCAUUCACAGGAACUUUGGAUAAAUGCUCAGCUUGUGAUAAGACUGUUUAUUUUGUUGAUUUGUUGUCUGCGGAUGGUGUUACUUAUCAUAAAUCCUGCUUCAAAUGUAGCCAUUGCAAAGGCACUCUUGUGAUGAGCAACUACUCUUCCAUGGAAGGAGUCCUCUACUGCAAGGCUCAUUUCGAACAGCUUUUUAAGGAAUCUGGAAACUUUACCAAGAAUUUUCAGAAUUCUAAGGCUGAGAGGCAAAAUUCACUGACAAGGGCUCCAAGCAAACUAUCUGCUAUGUUCUCUGGGACCCAAGAUAAAUGUGCUGCUUGCGACAAAACUGUUUAUCCACUUGAAAAGGUGACAAUGGAAGGAGAAUCAUUUCACAAGUCAUGUUUCAAGUGUGCACAUGGAGGGUGUCCACUUACCCAUGCAACAUAUGCUUCCCUUGAUGGAAAUCUCUAUUGCAAACACCAUUUUGCUCAGCUCUUCAUGGAAAAAGGAAAUUACCAACAUGUCCUCAAAGCUGCUAAUAAUAAGAAGAGUAGUGCUGCUGUGACACCAGUAAAUGACACUGAGGAAAAUGAAGCUGAAGAAGAGAAUAAUAAUAAGGAGCCUGAAAAUGCAGAGGAACCACAACAACAGUCAUAAAAGAACGUGCCCUUGAUUUCUCCCCUUAUAUAUCUUACAAUUGAUCCUUUCUAUCUAUUUUGAUCCAAUAUCUUAGUUUUUCUGAUAUGUUUUAUAAAAAAAGUUUUCCCAUUUGUUUAUAUAUAUCCAAGGCAACCCUCAUAUGUAAUUAAAUUUUAUUGUCUGGAUUUAAUAUUCCUUUUGUUAAUAUAUAAACGUUUUCUGCAAUGUUGUUUAAUUUCAA